CCAUAAAAUGAAAAUAACCUAAAUUUUAGAUCAACCUUCCGAACGAUGUCACUGCCUCGCUUGCCUUGAAAGAAUUAUUGUCAGCUGUGUCAAAUCCAAUGGUUUUUUUUUUUUAACCUUUCUUUCUAGACAUCUCUCCGGCCGCCACGCUGUCGAAUUUACCAUAAUUGAAAAGUCAAACAAGUCUUCAGUUGCCUCUUUUUAUCAGAUUACUAACCAGCCCAUAGAAUUUCCCAUCACCGUAGUGUCAUCUUCGUCAAACUAAAAAUAACGGAAGAACAUAUCAUAAUACCUUUUUAUCUGUCCAAAAGAUCUCCGAUUCUCCAACCACGCAUUUUCUUUCUAUUAAAUCACGGCGCCUUCACCGUUACCGUUAAAAGAAAUGCAGUCAACGAGGUCACGCCGCAAAGUGGCUCCAGCUGCCGCCGAUGGUGGCGACUCCGGCGACAAGUUGGAACAACUCCUCCUUUCUUCAGCCAUCUGUAACUGCGAGGACCUCGGUCCUUUCAUCCGCAAAGCGUUCACUUCUGGUAGGCCUGAAACCCUCCUCCACCACCUUCGUCACUUUGCUCGAUCUAAAGAAUCCGAAAUCGAAGAAGUUUGUAAAGCUCACUACCAAGAUUUCAUCCUCGCUGUCGACGAUCUUCGAUCUCUUCUCUCCGACGUCGAUUCUCUCAAAUCCUCUCUCUCUGAUUCCAACUCAAGACUCCAAUCCGUCGCCGGUCCUCUGCUUUCUUCCCUUGACUCCUUUGUCGAAGCACAAAACAUUUCCAAGAACGUCGAAUUCGCUUUGCAAUCGGUGACUUCGUGUAUUAAGCUAAUGGAGCUUUGCUCGAGAGCAAAUCAUCAUCUCUCAAACGGCAGUUUCUACAUGGCAUUGAAGUGCUUAGACUUGAUCGAAAACGAAUUCCAAGACAAAACGCCAUCGUCUACUUUAAAAAGGAUGCUAGAGAGGAAGAUGCCAGAGAUUCGAUCUUAUAUCGAGAGAAAAAUCAGCAAAGAGUUCGGCAAUUGGCUCGUGGAGAUUCGCGUGGUGAGUCGCAAUUUAGGGCAAUUAGCGAUCGGACAAGCCUCGGCUGCUAGGCAACGCGAAGAGGAUCUGAGAAUCAAGCAAAGGCAAGCCGAGGAGCAGAGUCGACUCAGCUUGAGAGAUUGCGUUUACGCUUUAGAAGAAAAUGAUGAUGAAGGAGGACUCGGAGGAGACGAGAAUGAUGGUUAUAACGGUAAUAGCGGCUUGCUAGGCUUUGAUUUGACUCCUCUUUAUAGAGCUUAUCAUAUCCAUCAAACUUUAGGACUCGAAGAUCGAUUUAAGCAGUAUUACUUUGAGAAUAGGAAGCUUCAGUUAACGUCGGAUUUUCAAGUAUCCUCUAUGACUCCUUUUCUUGAAUCUCAUCAAACAUUUUUUGCCCAAAUUGCGGGGUUCUUUAUCGUUGAAGAUCGAGUUUUAAGGACAGGAGGGGGUUUAAUUUCGAAAAUGGAAGUUGAGAAUUUGUGGGAUACUGCUGUUAGUAAAAUGUGCUCGGUUUUAGAGGAUCAGUUUUCUAGAAUGCAGACUGCUAAUCACUUGUUACUGAUUAAGGAUUAUGUGAGCUUGUUAGGAGUAACUUUGCGUAGGUAUGGGUACCCUGUUGAUGCAUUGCUUGAUGUUUUGAGUAAGCAUAGGGAUAAGUACCAUGAGUUGUUGUUGUCUGAUUGUCGGAAGCAGAUUGCUGAAGUGCUUGCUGCUGACAAAUUUGAGCAGAUGUUGAUGAAGAAGGAGUAUGAGUAUUCGAUGAAUGUUCUGUCUUUCCAGAUACAAACAUCAGAUAUUAUUCCAGCGUUUCCUUAUGUUGCGCCAUUUUCAUCAACUGUGCCUGAUUGUUGUCGGAUUGUGAGAUCUUUUAUUGAGGAUUCUGUUAGUUUUAUGUCUUAUGGUGGGCAGUUGGAUUUCUAUGAUGUUGUUAAGAAGUAUUUGGACCGGCUUUUGAGUGAGGUUUUGGAUGAGGCUCUUUUGAAGCUUAUUAGUUUAUCUGUCCAUGGGGUUUCUCAGGCAAUGCAGGUUGCAGCAAAUAUGGCUGUUUUGGAGCGUGCUUGUGAUUUCUUCUUUCGUCAUGCUGCACAGCUUUCAGGCAUUCCUUUGAGAAUGGCAGAAAGGGGUAGGAGGCAGUUUCCUCUUAACAAAGCCCGUGAUGCUGCAGAAGAGAUGCUGUCUGGGAUGCUUAAGACAAAGGUUGAUGGUUUCAUGACAUUGAUUGAGAAUGUGAACUGGAUGACCGAUGAACCUUCACAGGGUGGUAAUGAAUAUGUGAAUGAGGUCAUAAUAUAUUUGGAAACUCUGGUUUCUACUGCACAACAGAUACUGCCAUCUCAAGUUCUUAAAAGAGUUUUACAAGAUGUUCUUUCUCAUAUAUCAGAGGAGAUUGUUGGGGCUUUGCUUGGGGAUUCUGUUAAAAGGUUUAAUGUAAAUGCUAUUAUGGGGAUUGAUGUAGAUAUUCGGUUGUUAGAAUCUUUUGCAGAUAACCUAGCUCCUCUGUUUUCUGAAGGGGAUGCAAAUCAGUUGAAAAAUGCACUUGCAGAGUCAAGGCAGUUGAUCAAUUUGCUUAUGAGCAAUCAUCCAGAGAAUUUUCUGAAUGCAGUAAUCAGAGAGAGGAGUUACAAUACCCUGGACCACAGGAAAGUUAUGACAAUCUCAGAGAAGUUAAGGGAUCCUUCAGAUCGGCUAUUUGGAACCUUUGGGAGCAGGGGUGCCAAGCAGAAUCCAAAGAAGAAAUCUUUGGAUGCAUUGAUAAAAAGACUCAAGGAUGUGAGCUGAUUUCACAAGGAGCGGUAUGUAUAUCUAUGUUCUUUUGCCUUUUAUCUUUGUUGACUGCAAUAGCCAUUAUUUCUUAGUAGUUCUUUGCUAUUUUAUUUGCUUUAUAGAAGGCCCAGUUGUUGGCUUUUUCUGGUUGUAUUAAAUUAAUAGAUGUGAAUUGAAAAUUUUGUUUGUAUGUAUCAUUUAUAUGCAUACCAUCAGUUUAGUAAAUUCAUUUUUCGCCGUGAGGGAAUUUAUUCUUACCAAUUGCAUUAACACCCUUUGCUAUAAGUAAAAAGCUAUAUUCAUUGCUUGCUUGCCUUUUUUUCGAUUGGGAUGCCAGCCUACAGGAUUGGGGCAAUGCUUGAUUUAUGGACACAGACAUAUGUAUAUACAUUUAUGUAUAAAUUUCAUUUUUUAUUUCAGGGGUUAGUAUCUUUGUUUUACAUUAUAGAUGGUUGGUUAAGGUAUUGAUUAUAUUUGAGAGCAAUGGAAGAUAAAUUGUUUAUAGUCAUGUUGAACAUCUAUCAAUGGAGCCCAGAACAUAAAUUGUUUAUAAUCAUGUUGAACGUUGCCUCGAGAUUUUGCUUCCAGAUAUGUGCUAUACCAGUACCCAACUUUUCCAAGCGUUUGCAUCUCCAUGAUUAUGAAUAUCCCUUUGGCACGGAUUAAAUGGUUACAAAUAAUUGCUUUGCAGGGUAUAAAAUAUGAACUCUCUUUCUUAUCUAAUGUCAUCUAAAAGAAUCUAAUUUCGGGCUGGGAAACUUGGGAUCUAAACUACUCAACUCUAUCAUCCGAGUAGCCGCUGUUCCUGCUUUAUGUUUGCAACGAAAAGGGAAACAUUUGAUCUUUCUACUCCCACUGAAGUUCAUUUAUUUUCCUUUCUUUUUUUAGUCAAAACACCUAAUAAAGUUAAUAAGUGGUUGCACCCACACCCAAGUUUCUGUUUUUGUCUGUUUCGAAUUCGUGAGUCGACUGUGCAAUUAAUUGGUGGUAUUUUUGAGAGGUCACCGUCUGCUUAACAAAUGCACGGUGCGUUUGUAUAGACGCAAGCAUGCAUAGGCUGAAUCAUAUCCGUUUAUGCCAUUGUUCAUCUAACGGGUUUAAUUUUUGGCUUUAGGCAACCAAUUUUUUAAGAUUAAUUAAUAUUAUAAGAAAAGUCCGGGAUCUUCACCGGAAAGGAGCAUAACGAAAUCGUUUGACGGUUGUAGAUGGUAAAACAUCCUUUCUCUGAUAUUGGAAGCCUAAUCCGAUAUACUAAGUUCUUCAGCACUACGAUUCCCAGCAGGAAUCCUUCCCAAUGGCGUAGUUGGGUGAGUUCUCAGCUUAUUUUGAACGGAAGCUGCAACUGAGUUACAAGACCAGCAUACA